AUUUAUCUGCAGGCCGUUGGUGCCAGACACUGAUUUUGAUCUGUCUUUUUCUCUGAACUGUGGCCCAUCUACAAUCACAGCAUGACAAGCUACACAGAUAAAGGAGAGAAGCACGUAAGGGGAAGGUUUGUCAGGUUUCAUCAUCUCACCUUCUGGGUCGGCAAUGCCAAACAGGCAGCUUCGUUCUACUGUGAUAAGAUGGGCUUCGAGGCUUUGGCCUAUAAGGGUUUGGAGACUGGCAGCCGAGAGGUGGUGUCUCAUGUCAUCAGACAGGACAAGAUAAUAUUUGUGUUUGAAUCUUCACUGAAUCCUGGAAAUGAAGAGAUGGGAGAACACUUGAUUAAACAUGGAGACGGAGUCAAAGACAUCGCUUUUCAAGUAGAGGACUGUGACUUCUUAAUCAAGACAGCUAAAGAGCGAGGAGCUGUAAUUGUCAAAGAACCCUGGGUGGAGCAGGACAGCCAGGGGAGGGUCAAGUAUGCUGUGGUUCAAACGUAUGGAGAUACAACACACACACUCAUUGAGUACCUCAGUCCCUACAAAGGCCUUUUCCUGCCCGGCUACAAAGAGCCUCUGUUCAGGGAUCCUCUGUUAGCCAAACUUCCACCAGGAGGUUUGAACUUCAUUGAUCACAUGGUAGGAAACCAGCCAGAUGACCAAAUGGUGCCAAUUUCAGACUGGUACCAGAACUGUUUACUGUUCCAUCGUUUCUGGUCAAUAGACGACAAGCAGAUCCACACGCAGUACAGUUCACUGAGGUCCAUAGUGGUGACCAACUAUGAAGAGACCAUCAAGAUGCCCAUCAAUGAACCUGCAAGGGGGAAAAAAAUAUCACAAAUACAGGAAUAUGUGGACUACAACGGGGGACCAGGUGUUCAGCACAUCGCCCUCAACACAUCAAACAUUAUCCAAGCCGUAGUGAACCUGCGCGCCCGAGGCAUGGAGUUCCUUGCAGCGCCUGACAUGUACUACAACUCACUGCGGGAGAAACUUAAAACCGCCAAGAUCAAGGUGAAGGAGGACCUCGACCGUUUACAGGAAUUGAAAAUCUUAGUUGAUUUUGACGACAAGGGCUACCUCCUUCAAAUCUUCACCAAACCUGUGCAGGACAGACCGACCCUUUUCCUGGAGGUCAUUCAGCGGAACAAUCACUCUGGCUUUGGGGCAGGAAACUUCAAGUCUCUCUUUGAGGCCAUUGAGAAGGACCAAGAGGCCAGGGGCAACCUCACUGCGCUGACACCCGAAGGGCAGGCCAAAGCCUUCUACUGAUCCUCCGACUGCUGCUGCCAAACCACACUUAGACUGUUAUAUACGGCUGUACGUUUCAGGGGGAAUCAACAACACAGUAUAUCAAACGUGUUGAAUAUCUUCAUGUGACAAGCUGCAAGUGCUAUCAGAUAUGCUUUAAAUUGUCUACAGAUUGCAUGACGUAUUACUGAAUAAAAAACACUAAUGUUCA